AUGUAUCCCUCCGAUAGCGGCGACGACAAGAAGCUAUGGCUCGAGGCGGAAAGCCUCCGACGCAUAGCCUUUUUCGGCAUCUGUAUCAGUACCGUCGCAACUCUUACUGCUAUCGUUGCUAUUCCUUCCCUGUACAACUACAUGCAGCAUGUCCAGUCAUCCCUCCAGACUGAAGUCGAAUUCUGUAAACACCGAACAAAUGGACUUUUCGAUCAAUACGAGCGCAUGCAAAGGAUCAAGGGAGUUCGAGGAGGGAUCGUGAAGCGUCAAGCCGGAUACGAGGCUCCUAGCGAGUACAAAGGUCCCACUGAUGCUGGAGUUCAAGCUGACACUGUUCAGCAAGCCUCUACUUGCUGCAGCUGUAAAUCAGGACUUGCUGGACCUCCUGGUCCACCAGGUCUUGACGGUCCAGAUGGAAAGGAUGGCCAACCAGGAGCAAAUGGAGAGCCCGGUGCUGACGCCGAACCCGAUGCAGUCCCUACGGCUGAUGACUUCUGCUUCGAUUGUCCAGCUGGUCCACCUGGACCACCAGGAAAUCCAGGACCCAAAGGACCUCCAGGAAAUCCAGGUGCUGAUGGACAACCCGGACCCGAUGGUCAACCAGGACAGCCUGGACCUCCUGGGCCACAGGGACCUCCUGGUGCUGAUGGAGAACCAGGUCAACCUGGUGAGCAAGGAGCACCUGGAAUCGUUGAAGAGGUUGCAGUACCAGAUGGACCAGCUGGACCUCCAGGACCUCCCGGACCUCCUGGGCCUGAUGGGCAGCCUGGUGCGCCUGGUCAACCCGGACAGGAUGGACCUCAGGGACCGCCCGGAGAUCCAGGACGGGAUGGAGCACCAGGAAACCCAGGAGCUCCAGGAGAACAAGGUCCUCUCGGAGAAACGGGAGCCGGCGGUGGUUGCGAUCACUGUCCUCCUCCAAGAACUGCUCCUGGAUAUUAA